AAUUAUUUAAAAGUACUUAAACAACUAUACGAGCUGAGCGAUGCUUUCUAAUGAAUAACACUCCGCUAUUAUAAUUAGUCGCUAUUCAAUCUUCCAUUGUACAACAAUCGCUGGAAGUAAGCGCUGUUGAAUUUGCUUAACACUAUCGGUUCAGAGUUUUAAAAUAUUUAUUAUUUACGAUGGCAGAAGUAUUGGCCACUGAGGAACUCCUGUACGAGGAAAAACCGCUUUAUGUGCCACCAUUGCAGGAAUUAAAGAACAUUAUCCAAAGUGCUUUAGCUAAAAACUUCCAGAAUGUGAGCGUUGAAGUGGGUGAUUGCCCCGAUUUAACAGAUCCAUUUUAUGGUUUGCUGAGCUCAGGCUUAGGUGGCUCACCCGUGCUGCUCGAAGUUGGCGGUCCACCAUUCUUGCUGCCGCUGGUCCAGCGCUCCAAGGUGUACAAUGUGAAGGAAAUCGUGCAAAAAGCACUGCCGGGCAAGGGCAAACUAUUGGCCAUCGGUGCUGGUGCUGGACCCUUCCCUUUGCGUAAUUCCAAUUGCGAAGGCAUUUUCAAUAUGGCCAUCGAUGAGAAGGGCACCCUCAAAAACGGCAGCUACACAGCUAAAGUGCACGGUGCCGAAGAGUUAUGUGUGCUUGAACGCAUUCCCGAUUCAGAUCCACGUUGUGCUUUGCUAUUGAAUUUAUACAUUAGUCGUGGCGCCCCCGGUCCGGUGGUGAAAGUCAAGUGCAGUAAACGUACGGGUGAGCUGAAUUUUGUCGAAUGCAUGCGCAAGGGCUUGGCGAGCCACUACAAGGAGAAGUGUGUUGGUAUGGGUGGUAUUUUCGUGUUGAAGAAGGGUGCAGCGCAUCAGCACGUUAUGCGUGACUUCAGCAAGACGCCAUUACACACCGAAGAGGAGUUGAACGAUUGGUUGAAGUUCUAUAAUAUGCCAGCGCAGCUGAAUGCUGUGGGCACACUGCUUACGCACGAACAUGAUUUAGAUUUGCGUCUGCAGCACUUCCACUCCUUCUCCAAGUCCAACUGGGGCGGUCAUUAUCAUUAUGACACUACGCCGGAUGUAGCCGAAUACGAGGCUUAUCUGAAUGUGGCCGAACGUGUGGUGCGUGUGGAUCGUCCAUUGGAAACUCACAAAGUGGGACGUGAUUAGUGGCUUGAAAUACUUCCAUAUAUAGAAUAAGAUAUUUCUCGUGUCUUAAUUUUUUACAGCAAAUGAAAUCUAACAGUUUAUUUUUCUAACUGUUUUGAGCAAUCAAUUUGUACAUAUAAUAUAAACAUAAAUUGCUGUAUAAUAUAAGUUAAAUAAUACCCAGAA